AUGGAAGACGAACAAGAUUCAACUAUACAAAAAAAAUUAAGUUUUUCAAUCGAUAAUAUUCUCGACAAACCACAACCAUUAUUUAUUAAAAUAAAACAUCAUCAUCAUUUACUUAUUGAUAGUAAUAAUCAUCAUCAUCAUCAACGAUUAACAUCUGCAGAUGAUAAUAAACAUAUACAUUAUGAUGAACAUCAUGGUAGUAGUGAUUGUUCAGCAAUAUCAACGAGUGAUGAUGAUGAAAGUUGUUCAGAUGAUGGAAUUAUAAGUCAAUAUAAUCAUCAUGAAAUUAUUCAUAGAAAAAAGAAGACACGUACUGUUUUCUCUCGUACACAAAUAUUUCAAUUAGAAACAACAUUUGAUCGAAAACGAUAUUUAUCCAGUGCAGAUCGAGCUAAUUUAGCUCAAGGUUUACGACUUACUGAACAACAAGUUAAAAUUUGGUUUCAAAAUCGACGAAAUAAAUUGAAACGUCAAAUAGUUGAAGCAAGUCAAUCAAUAAAUUCAGUUGUUGCAUCUUUACAAACUCCAUCAUCAACAUCAUCAUCGAAUCAUACAUUAUCAUUACCCAGUGAUUUUUCUUCUUCAUCUUCAUCGAAACAACAUCAUCGUCAUUUUGAUCCAGCAUCAUUCUAUGAAUUAGCUACACUUGCUGCAGCACAUGCAGCAGCUGCUUUUCAUAAUAAUAAAUCUCAAACUAGUACAACAUUUCAAGAUUUUGCCAAUUCUCUUACAACGCAAACAGCCGUUUGA